AUUUUUUGGGUAAAAUAUUUGCGUUGAUUAUUAUUAUGCGUAAAAAGCACAAAUCAAAACAAGUAUUUGUGAUAAAUGGUUUCAUUUUAAAACAACACAAUCGUUUGUAAAAACCGAAUUUGGUAAUUCCGCCGCGACGUUACCGAUUUUCUAGUUGUUUUUUCUUGAUAUUUCUCGAUAUAAUCGGUGUAAAUACAUGUGAAACGUGUAACAACUCCAACAUAAUACCGUUUUUAGUCAUGAAUGACGCAAAUAUGGAAACUCCGUUGGAACGGAGUCAAAUAGUGAAAGAAGGUUGGCUGUAUAAACGCGGGGAACACAUCAAAAAUUGGAGGCCACGUUAUUUCAUCCUUUUUGAUAAUGGAGACUUGAUUGGAUUCAAGAACAAACCGGAUAAUCAAUUAUUAAACGACCCCUUAAAUUGUUUUACCGUCAAAGACUGCCAGAUUAUGUCCGUCGAUCGACCUAAACCUUUCACAUUAAUUAUAAGAGGGCUUCAAUUAACUACCGUCAUUGAAAGAAUGUUCCAUGUUGAAGGAAAAGCUGAAAGAGAGGAAUGGGUGGCAGCUAUAAAAUCAGUUUCGGAGCGUUUAUCAAAUUCAAAUCAAAGUUGUGAUGAUAUCGAUAUGGUUUCAACGUUGGAUGAAGUGCCUGAAAACGAUUUAAGUGAGAAAUUUUCGGUUCAAGGAACAUCGAUUUCAAAGUCAACGGGACGAAGAAAAGUAACGUUGGAAAGUUUUGAGUUUUUGAAGGUGUUAGGAAAAGGAACAUUUGGAAAAGUGAUUUUGUGCAGAGAAAAAGCAACCGGUAGAUUGUACGCGAUAAAAAUCUUAAAAAAGGAAGUUAUCAUACAGAAAGACGAAGUGGCACAUACUCAAACGGAAAGUCGUGUUUUGAGAUCUACAAAUCAUCCGUUUCUAACUUCCCUAAGAUAUUCGUUUCAAACAAACGAUAGGUUAUGUUUUGUUAUGGAAUAUGUUAACGGUGGCGAACUGUUUUUCCAUUUAUCGAGGGAAAGGAUUUUUUCUGAAGAUAGAACAAGAUUUUAUGGCGCCGAAAUUAUUUCGGCUUUAGGUUAUUUACACUCAAUAGGAAUUAUUUAUAGGGAUUUAAAAUUAGAAAAUCUCCUUUUGGAUAAAGACGGACACAUUAAAAUCGCCGAUUUUGGACUUUGUAAAGAGGAUAUUACGUAUGGAAGAACGACAAAGACAUUUUGCGGAACCCCCGAGUAUUUAGCACCUGAAGUUAUUGAAGACAACGAUUAUGGAAGAGCUGUGGACUGGUGGGGAAUUGGAGUGGUCAUGUAUGAAAUGGUAAAAUGAACAAUUUACUUUUAU